AUGCCAGCCCCCAAUCACCGUGUUCACAUCUUGGGACUAGGCAGCAUUGGCACUCUUGUUGCCCAUUCACUGCUGUCUGGAUCGAAACCACCGCCCAUCACCCUGCUCGUCCACCGUUCGAGUCUUUAUAAUGAACUCUCCGGUGGGAAGCUGGGGCUGCGACUAGGAGACGACGGCGAACUGCAAGAGCGGGGAGGAUUUGACACUGAGCUUCUUGGGUCGUCGUCAUUUUCAGAUCCAAUUUACAAUCUCAUUAUCACGGUCAAGGCACCCGCGACGGUGUCUGCACUCGAGCCCAUCAAACAUCGACUUGGGUCCCACUCGACUAUUUGUUUUCUUCAGAAUGGCCUUGGUCAGAUUGAAAAGCUCAACGAGAGCCUUUUCCCAGAUGCCUCUACGCGACCAGCUUAUGUGUUUGGCAUCAUGCGCCUUGGAGUUUACCUAAAGUCUUCAACCGAAGCCAUCCUUGCCAGUUCCAAUGGCAGUAUUUCCCUCGGCCUUGUAGGCAGCGAGCCCUCCUCGAGCUCUCAACACCGGGUCCUGUUGGGCAUUCUCUUGAAAUCGCCUGUCCUUGGGUGCGAAGAACUGCAAUGGUCAGACCUGCUUCAGAUGCAAUUAUUGAAGCUGGCCACGAACUGCAUAAUCAACCCAUUGACGGCCAUACUCGAUGUCCGAAACGGACGCAUCAACGAGAAUGCGGACAUCCAACCUCUGCGACGUCGCAUUCUUGAAGAAGUUUCUGCUGUUUUUGAAAGUCUCCCUGAAGUCCAGAGCUUGCCAGCCGGUCGAUCCUCCUUUUCCGCCGAGUCCCUCGAGGCUGUCGCGAGAGACACGACUGAGAAGACGGCGCAGAACUCAAGCAGUAUGCGCGAGGAUAUUCGCAAAGGUCGGAGUACCGAGAUCGAAUAUAUAAACGGCUGGGUCGUUAAGCGUGGUAAAGAGCUGGGCAUUGACUGCGUGGCUAAUUCGUUGGUGACCCAGCUUGUACUCGCGAAGGGAUCUGAGAAGAUGCAUCAAUAG